AGAGCCCAGCCAGCCAGACACUACUAGCCCACAGUCGUCGUGUCCACCCCACCCAGUCGCAAUAAAACCCCCCUGCCCCAACGUCACACUUUACACUUUCCCCUCUAGCUCGUACUCUCCACCACUCUUCUGCCGCCCAAAAAAGUCAUCAACAAUGUCCGCCCUCGCCCGCUCCCUCCGCGCCUCGACCAACGUGUCGCGCGUCGCCGCCGCGCGUACCCAGGCCCGCGCCUUCUCCGUCUCGGCCGCCCGCAAGGACUGGGACUUCACCACUGUUGAGAAGCCUGGAUCGCUCUACAACUUUACCGACGAGGAGAACCUCCUCCGCGAGACUGUCCGCAAGUACGCGACCGAGGUCAUCGAGCCCAAGGUUCGCGAGAUGGACGAGUCCGAGGUCAUGGACAAGGACGUCAUUCAGGGCCUCUUUGACAACGGUCUCAUGGGUAUCGAGACCCCCGAGCAGUACGACGGUGCUGGCAUGUCGUUCACCUCGGCCAUCAUUGCCGUCGAGGAGAUUGCCCGUGUCGACCCCUCGGUCGCCGUGCUUGUCGACGUCCACAACACGCUCGUCAACACCGUCUUCCGUCACCACGCCUCGGACGCCGUCAAGGAGAAGUGGCUCCCUGGCCUUGCUACCAACAAGGUCGGCUCGUUCUGUCUGACCGAGCCCGGAGCCGGUUCCGACGCCUUCUCGCUCCAGACCACUGCCAAGCUCGACCCCUCGGGCGACUUCUACCUCCUCAACGGCACCAAGAUGUGGAUCUCCAACUCGGGCGAGGCCGAGACCUUCCUCGUCUUUGCCAACGUUGACCCCUCCAAGGGCUACAAGGGCAUCUCUGCCUUUGUCAUCUCCAAGGACAUGGGUGUCGAGAUUGCCAAGAAGGAGCAGAAGCUCGGUAUCCGCGCUUCGUCGACCUGCGUCCUCAACUUUGACAACAUCAAGAUCCCCAAGGAGAACGUUGUCGGUGAGAUCGGCAAGGGCUACAAGUACGCCAUCGAGAUCCUCAACGAGGGCCGUAUCGGUAUCGCCGCCCAGAUGAUCGGUCUCGCCCAGGGUGCCUUCGACAAGGCCAUCACCUACGCCUACCAGCGCAAACAGUUCGGCAAGGCCGUCGGCGACUUCCAGGGCAUGGGCUUCCAGUUCGCCGAGGUCGCUACCGAGAUUGAGGCUGCCAAGCUCAUCACCUACAACGCCGCCCGCCUCAAGGAGGAGGGCCGCAACUUCACCAAGGAGGCCGCCAUGGCCAAGUACUACGCCUCGACCGUCGCCAUGAAGGCCGCUGGCCAGGCCAUCGAGUGGUGCGGCGGUAUCGGCUUCACCCGCGACACUGGUAUCGAGAAGUACUGGCGUGACUCGAAGAUUGGCGCCAUCUACGAGGGCACCAACAACAUCCAGCUCGAGACCAUUGCCAAGCACCUCAAGAAGCAGUACGCAUAAGCGGCGAGUUGAAGAGGACGGUGGUAGCAGUUUAGGUCAGCAUAAGAGGACACAGAGUUACGUCUAGACGCCCUCAGGCGCACAGUUGUGUAUAGGUAAUGCAUCAAUAGCAAUA